AUGGCGUCAAGAGAUCACACUGAGCGGGCUACGUCGCCGAGCGACCACGAUGACUUUCCGACUCCCCAGUUUCCCGGACGCUCUGAAGGUCAGGGCCCACCAAGCAUUAUCUCUUCGCGUAUGACGGAUAUUGCUUCGGACGACGGUGGCGAAGCGGAAACCCAACAACAUUCAGCUGGAGUACAGAGGAAGGCUACCACGGACACUGUGUCGCGACCUGGGACGGCAAAGACGGGCCUUUCGGGCUCGCGCGACGGCUGGAGACAUCCCCAGCCACUCCGCAAGAGUCAUGUUUUGGGGCUCGCCGCAAAGAGAGGCAGCACGGGUAGUGGAAGCGUCGCGAGUAACAGGCCACCAAGCUCGACCAGCCGCAGCCAUGUACCCUCCCUGACCUCGCACGCCUUCUUCCACCCGCUGAGCUCGCAGAAGCUGCAAGCCCAACGAGGAGGGCCAUCACGUCCCCAAACCGUCAAUCAACAGCAGCCGACGCUCGACGAGAACGCGCAAGAAUCUGGAGACGGAACAAGGCAGAGCAUCAACUCGAAUCCCAUGGUGCGCAUUCAAAACCAGACAAGUGACGACGGAGAGUUGCGAGCGCCGCCCUCGCGAGGUACCGAGUUUACCGAACAAGAAACACUCGACCGCAUUACGGCCAAUACCAGCCCGACGCAUGGUCACUAUCCUGCUGGCAGCUUGACCGACAGUGUGCGCCCCCUUCAGCGGAAGCCGUUCGAGCCGAGGAAUCUCAACAUCAACGUGGACAAGAGCUACAAGGAGAGGGGCAAUCUGCCGAGCCCGAUCAAGUCACCGCGGUCUUUCAGGUCAAGCUUUCUGAUGCCAGGCCGAAGUCAGGAACGGGUCAACACGCCCAACAGGGUGCCGCCUCCUGGUGCUGAGAAGCUGUCUUCUGCAGCCUCUUCUCCCCGACUGAACGGCGAGGGCUCUGGACGACCCGCGGAGGUGGCCGAGCUACCUACACCUGUCGCUAAAACAGGAUUUGUUUUCGAGCAUUUCGAAGGCAACAUGGUCUUCUUCUUUGGAGGCCGGUUUCAAAACUCCAGGCAACGGCCCAUCAACAUUGCAACCGGCUUCAUGGUCGUCAUUCCUGGAGUACUCUUCUUCGCCUUCUCAGCUCCGUGGUUGUGGAAUAAUAUCAGCCCCGCUAUCCCAAUCACUUUUGCAUACGUAUUCUACAUCUGCUUGUCUUCCUUCUUCCACGCAUCCGUGUCCGAUCCUGGUAUCCUUCCCAGGAACCAGCACGUCUUCCCCCCUCCCCAAGCAGACGACGAUCCCUUGCGACAACAGCCCCCGACUAAUGACUGGACCCUGAUCAAGUCGGCAGAAUCUGCCACUGCAGCGAUGGAGGUCCCUGUAAAGCACUGCAGGACAUGUAAUAUCUGGCGUCCUCCCCGCGCCCACCACUGUCGCCUCUGCGAUAAUUGUAUCGAGACCCACGAUCACCACUGUGUCUGGCUCAACAACUGCGUCGGUAGACGCAACUACCGCUAUUUCUUUACCUUUGUCACAUCAGCAACCUUCAUUGCGGCUUACCUGCUCGGUGCCUCUCUGGCGCAAAUUCUCGUCUACAUGAGCCGGGAAGAUGUUUCCUUUGGCAGUGCGAUCGACAAAUUUCGCGUCCCCUUUGCCAUGGUCAUAUACGGCGGCUUAGCCUUCUGCUAUCCCGCCGCUUUGAUGGGCUACCACAUCUUCCUCAUGGCACGUGGAGAGACGACCAGGGAGUACAUCAACUCGCACAAGUUCAUCAAACAGGAGCGUUUCCGUGCUUUCACGCAAGGAAGCAUGCUCAAGAACUGGUUCGUCGUUCUCUGCCGGCCCCGGCCUCCUACGUACUACAGCUUCAAGGCCAAGUACGAACCUGGCGACCAGCGCCUCGCUGAUCUGCGCGACCGCAAGUCGACCAAGGAUAGAGACGCACAGGGCAUGGAGCUGCGCAACGUGCCGCCCGCCACGGGCUUCCAAGGACCAGCGGCCCUUCGACAGGAGGCUAAUACAGCGGCAUGA